AUGGAACAACAGCAGCAGCAGCAGCUGCAACAGCAGCAGCUGCAGCAGCAGCAGCUGCAGCAGCAGCAGCUGGAACAGCAACAACAGCUGCAGCAGCUGCAGCAGCAACAGCAACAACAACAGAAGCCCCAGGCUUCUUUGUUUCCUGAUUCAGCAACAAGUGGAGUUGUGCAGGCCCCUCCCGGUGUAUCUUUUAAUCCAGCCCCGUCUCCUCCUAGUGAGUCGCCUGCUGCGUUGCCAGUUGCAUAUCCUAUAGACUACAAGAGUUGGGCUGCUGCUGCUGCUACGCAGCUGCAGCAGCAGCAGUUGCCUUCUCCCCCCUCAGCUGUACAUACACCCCAAGACUCUCCUUCUCGCGACGUGUGGGGCCCCCACAGCGUCUCUCCUGUUUACUCUCCUGCUCUAGGGAGUGAUUAUGCUGCUUGGCAGCAGCAGGCGGGCGCAGCUCAUGGGAGUCCUUUGGAUGCGCAGCAGCAGCAGCAGUUUUUGCUGCUGCAGCGGCAGCAGCAACCUGGAGGAGGGGAAUGCCAUAGCGGAGACAGCCCUCCACCAAGGCCAAGCGCUCUCUCUAGCGACAGUAUGAAUGUUAGCUUUGAUGCUGUUCUAGAGCAAGUAUGCCGUCUGCUGCACACGAACAGCGCAGGUACAGCUUCUUCUGCUUCAACUCCGAGAAAAACUUCUUUUGCUGACUGUCCCUUAGAUGGACUUAUGCCUGCAACACACAUCUCAGUAAAUGGGCGUAUGUGGGUAGGAGAUGAGAUGCCUUUUGCUGCAGCUAGCCCCACAGCUGCUGCUGCUGCUGCUGCAGCGGUGGCGGCGGAGGCCGCAGGGGUAGAAGCGACACAGCAGCAACAGCAGCAACAACAAGCAAUGCAGCAACAGCAACAGCAACAGCAACAACAACAGCAGCAGCAACAGCAGCAGCAGCAACAGCAACAGCAACAGCGAUCGUCAGGCAGGUCGCGAACCCAGGGGAGAACUAAAUACGGCCGUCCUCACAACCAGUCGGACCCGCUCAUCCGCAGCAGCCCUACAGGCUUAAACGAAGGCAGCAACUGGGCCUCUCUUGCACAGGCCCUGUCGCAGGCGCAGAAUCUGCUGCACCGGCCGCAGCAGCAACAGCUAACAGAUGCAGCGGGAGCUGCUCAGGUGCAUGACUGCCUAUCCCGCUUGCAUGAGGCGGUUAUUCUCCUGCAAAGGGAGAAUCAACAGCUUCAGGCGCGGGUGCAGCAGCAGCAGCAGCAGCAGAUGCGGCUGCAAGCUGUGCACCGUCUACAUCCAGCACCUGCUAAUAAGGACGGGGUUUCUCCUGCUUCUCGCGCUCAGUCGUUGAGCCCCUUUGGUACCUCCAGCGAAGUGAGUGCGUCUGCUGAUGGCUGCAACAGCAGCAACUCCAACGCCCCUUUGUGGAGGGCCUUAAGUGGCAGUGUACUGCCUUGCCCGGAGGAGACGCCUGACGAGAUACGCAGUGCCCCCAACCCCUCUACUCCACUCCUGCGAGGCGGAGACGUCUCUGUUGAACAGUUUCUGAGCACGUUCCCCUUCUCUGCUUGUUCUCGGGAGUACAGCCAUUCUGUGUUGAAGUUUUGUGCAGACCACAACUUAGUAGUGAAGCUGCUAGGCUUUCAGGGGCGGCGAGUGGAGCUGCUUGAGCGGCACCACCGAUGCCGCAUUCAGACUUCAGCGCAGGCUGCUUCGUUUCCGGGGUAUCCGAACGGUCGGUGCGUGUUGUUUGUGGGGGCAUUGAUAUCGUUGUUACGAGCCAGUGCAGAUCUCUUCGCUGUUGCAGACACCAGCAGGCCAGGCCUCCGCCACAACUUGGAAGGAUAUAGAAUGUGCUUAGUAGUGCCGGGGGAGUAUGUGGGGAGGCUUCUGCGCAGCAACUGCUCGGGGCUGCAUGCGCUGCAAGAGGGCGGAGGCAAAACCGUCCACAUCGCUCUAGGCAACCUCUGCGUUCUGAUGGGUGGAGGAUACUCUGAACGCGUGCUGCUUAUAGAUGGGGCCCUCGACGGUGUAGCGAGGGUAUUGGAGAUGGCAGCAACACAGCUGCAGGACUUCUUCCGUAGAAACCCGGGGCCUCCAGGGGGGGCCUCUGGAGGAGGUGGUGUUCCCUUGAUUCAGAGAUACGAAUUUCUAGACUAUCCCAAGAGGAUCGAUGUGCAGCUUUCCUAA